GGACACACUAACGUUGAUGCGACAUUUCAACAAAAACAUCUCGCGCGUGAAUUUUUAAUUGCUUUUUUUUCCGAUAAAAAAUACUCAGAGAGUGUCGCGAGAUUCUCUCCAAUUGUACCACGAGAGUAUGUUCAGAGUUCUGUGUACCCGCUUAGAAUUUGCUGCCCCAAAACUUCUAUCGUCUCGUUUAUCUGCGGGAUUUGGAACGAUGAGCCAAUUAUUCUAUGGAAAACGUCUAACUGGGAAGGUGGCAGUGGUCACAGCAUCCAGUGAUGGAAUCGGGUUUGCAAUUGCGGAAAGACUUGCCCAGGAGGGGGCAAAGGUUGUCGUGAGCAGCAGAAAGAGCCCAAAUGUGGAAAAAGCCGUGGCACAGCUGAAGGCUAAAGACCUCCAGGUGUUUGGUGUAAAGUGUCACGUUGGGAAUGCCGAAGACCGGAAGAACCUCUUUGCCGAGGCCGAGAAGCGUUUUGGGGGAAUUGACAUUCUCGUCUCCAAUGCUGCAGCUAAUCCGGAGAUGGCAACACUCUUUGAAUGCUCCGAAGCUGCAUGGGAGAAAAUCUUUGAGAUAAACGUCAAAUGCUCAUUCCUGCUGACGAAGGAAGUUGUCCCGUACAUGCGGAAGAGAGGUGGUGGAUCCAUCAUCUAUGUAUCCUCAAUUGCUGGCUUCAAUCCCAUGCAACUCCUUGCGGCGUAUUCGGUGUCCAAGACUGCCCUUUUUGGCCUGACCAAAGCUGCUGCAAUUGAUGGUGCUGCCGAGGGUAUUCGUGUUAAUUGCGUAGCUCCCGGAGUUAUUGAGACGAAAUUCUCACAACCGUUAAUCCAAGAUCCAAACUCCAAAGAAGUUGCGGAAAAUCAAACACUCCUCAGACGUAUUGGACAACCACAUGAGAUCUCUGGGGUUGUAGCUUUCCUGGCAUCUGAUGAUUCCAGCUACAUUACAGGGGAAAACAUUGUGGCAGCUGGUGGGAUGCAUAGCCGUCUGUAAAUCUACCUCAUUCGAACUGAGAAAUUCCAGAAAAACGAUUUUUGACUGUUUGAAAUUAGUUUUUUUUUUUUACCAAAAGGGAAGGUGAAGGAGUUUUUUAUUUGAUUUGUUUAUACGGAAAUUGUAAAAGUGGGUAAAAAAAAUUUAUUACGUGGUGAUAAGUAUUUUUGAGUUUUAUUACUUGAUAUUUCAUUUAUAAUUUGUUAGCAAUGAAAAAAAAACUAUGUUGAGCUCAAAAGAAAAUUGUAGAAUAAAUUGACCAAUAAGAAGUUAAAAUUAAUCUUUCAUUGAAGCUCCAAA